AUGAAAAAGAAAAGUCAGAUUUACCGAGAACGCCGUCGAAAACAGCUCCUCGAAGACAAUGUAAAAGAGGAGGCAACAAUUAAGAAGCUAACUAAAAAACUCGGCCUGGACCGUCGGAAACCCCGGAAAUCUGGUGUUCAGAAGCAGCCUGCUUGGAUGAGAGAAAGUGGUCUGGAUUACCUCCUUGACUUUGAAAAGCAUGAUGAAGUCCCUGUUAGUGAAACCAUUGAAGCGACUGUAAUCGGAGAUGUAAAUAUUGUGAAGAAACAAAAAAUAAGCAAAGACAUAUACGGACAAAACAUCGGAGGAUCCGAAAGCUCCCUUGACGAUUUGAUGGGCUCCGACUCUGAAAGUGAAGAAAUGUGUGUCGACUCCCCCGGGGAGGAGGGAGAUGAGGAUGUGGAACAAGAAGGAAAACCCGAAGAUUCGGGGCAAGUUCGGGAACUGGUUGAGCAUGAAUCGGCUUCGACUGUCGUAGAAGAUACCACCAACGACGAGAUAAUUCUAAAUCUUCGUCGGAGUGUACGUCGUCUUUUGAACUGCGUUUCAGAGGCCCAGAUGGCAAAAACAAUUUCCGACCUUGUGGAGUUCUUUUCUGAUCGACCACGUGCAAUUGUGCGACAGGUUCUUAUAGAAGAAAUUGACAUUCUACUUGGUUCAUUUCCCCUUGAUCGUGGUCAGUCGGUCGGUUGGCUUCAGCAGGAAUUGGCUGUUUGCCUAGUCAGCGCUCAAAGCCGUCUUGACCACAGCGGGCAGGACUCGCGCCUUGUGGCGCAUUUUGCUGAAUUUUUGGUCUCAAAGUUGCCUCAGGGGAAAACUCUUAUAGAAGAUGCAGGAGUCGUCGCCUCGCGCUGUGUCUUUUUAUCGUACCUUUACCGAUUUGGGGCACUUACAGGUGACCUGGUUGUGGAUUUGGUUGAAGAAUUUGUCAAAUUCGGUGACUUGUCAGCUCUCCAAAUUGCCCAUCAGAUGGUCAAGCGUAUGUCUUAUCCUUGCCACUUAAACUUGUUGCUAUGGGGAGUGUUCUCUGUCGGUUGUGUUUUGCGAAAGGAGCAGCUUGAACGGUGUAUGCAGUUAGUAAACGGCAUCAAAGAGACUAUCUCCACUCUUGAUCAGUCAAAUUUCGAGAAAAUUGUAGAAUUGGAGGGUAUCGUUGCAAACCUCUCUGCUAAACAUUCCAAAGAACCUGCACCUUCGAGUGCGGAUCAUUUUGCCAAGAUGAUGCGCAGUUGGAACAAAGGAAUCUCCUUUUCAAAGGAAUUCAGACUUCCUCUACGCUUAGAAGAACUGCGAAACGCCAAAGGUAGGGGUCGAUGGUGGGCCGUGGGGUCGGCCUUCAAGGGCGAUGCACUUGAGUCAGAUUCUCCUUUACUUCCAAAGCGGGACGAGAGUUCAUCGAAAAAGGCAUUCGCACUUCCGCCUGAGCUUGCGGAAAUUGCAUCUCGCCUGGGACUAAUAACUCCGAUCCGACAGCAGUUAUUUGGUGUUCUUGUAUCCACACCAGGUGGGCCAGAUUGCACCGCCAAUGCCCUCAUUCUGGCUUGUUCACGUAUGGGAGCAGUUAAACAAGGUGCAUCAGAGCAUCGGGAGCGGGAAAUGGUACAAAUUGUCAUUCAUUGUUUGGUCUCUGAGCAGCCCUUCAAUCGGUUUUACACUCGAGUGCUUGGUGCUCUUUUAAAUCACCAUCGGCGUUUCGGGCUUAUGAUAAGAUGCGCCUUCUGGGACGUAAUGGCAAAGGAUGAGCUAACUAAAGAAGCGAAGUCCAACGCAGGUAGAGCGAUUGGCAUUCUUGCGUCUGUCUUUGACUUCCCACUUACAUUGCUUAAGAAAUUUAACUUUGGGGAUGAAUCAGAAGCCAACGUAGUCCUGCUCUCGUCCAUGAUAAACGAAUUAACGAAUAUGUCGUUCAACAAAACCUUGGAAAAAUUCGCAUACGUCGCAAAUAAUAGUCCUAAACUUGGUCGUAAUUUGCGAAUCUUCAUGAGAAAAUUAAGCCGAAACCACCCCAGCGAAGCAUGCCGUUCCUACCUCAGUCGCCUUGUCUCUGAUUUGCGAGAUCUUUUCCCAUGA